GAGUGGAUCAUGUCAUUAAGACAGACAGCGUCCUCACACACGGACCAGAGGUUUUAGCUUUGAACAGUCUCACUCGGACUCCUAAUGUCGUUUAGGCAGACCUGAAAUAUAUCUUCUGUAAUCAUCUCAUAGAGAUAAAUAGCCUGUACUCAAAUAAAUAAAUAGAACCAAUCGCUUCAUUUGGACAAAUAGUUUUUAGUUUUUUUUGUUGCCAAAUUCGAUAGGGAACAGUUUGACAGUAGUCUAUCAGCUUGUCCAGAAGAAUGAAUAAGUGGUAGCUCUCCAUCCACUGUUUCCAUGCAACAGCGCGUGUGGCUGUGAAGCACGCGGAGGGAUCGAUGCUGUAAGCAGAGAGCGACGGCACAGUAGAGCUGGACCCGGAGCGCCUUUUUAGACCCGAUGGAGGGACACGAUGUUGGAAAUGAGCUGGCUCGGAGCGUAAACCAUCCUGAUAGUGCCGAAGAGCCCGGUUCUUCUUCCCUAGCCUGUGAGCACUAUGGCAGCCCGCAGCAGGAGGUGACUGCCACGAUGAGGAGGAACGACAAUUACCUGCCAGUCCCUGGCGAAGAGAAGAGCCUGGAUGUGGACUUUGUCAACACCAAGGACACGAGCGACGAGUCCAUACCAAUGAAAAAUCGUUAUGCGGAUGAUGGCUCACCUCUGUAUCCACGGCAAGGCCCUUACUUCUCUGAUGGGCAGCGGCGGGUGGACUACGUGCUCACCUACCACAUCCAGAAGCCCAACAGCAUCCGGCGCCAGUCCUCCAGGUUUGGCGACAACAACUUCAUCCGGCGGCUUUGGCGCAGCCUGAACAUUAGAAGCCGAGGCGCUGAGGCGCAGCCAAAGGAAGACCCGGAGAUCGCCGCCCAGGAGCAACGGACUGACUAUCAUGAGGAUGACAAGCGCUUUAGGCGGGAGGAGUUUGAGGAAAACAUCCGAGAGACGGGGCUGGAGCUGGAAAUGGACGAAAGGACCAAUAUCCCUGGAAUCGGCUUCAUGAAGGUCCAUGCUCCUUGGAACGUUCUGUGUCGGGAGGCUGAGUUUAUGAAGCUCAAGAUGCCAACAAAGAAGAGUUACGAAGUGAAACAAGGCAGUAAUCUGGUGGAGAAGAUCCGGCUGUUCAUUCACAAAGUCACAGCUCCUCUCCACCCAGAAGUAGACCCCAACCGGCCACAAAGCGUCAAAUUCCUCUCUCACCCUUUCUCCAGAGAGAAGCAGCAUCUAUUCGACCUGUCUGACAGGGACAAGUUCUUUGACAGCAAGACCAGGAGCUCAAUAGUGUAUGAGGUACUAAAGAGGACUAGAUGCACCAGAGCCACAUACUCCAUGGCAUAUCGGCCAUUCGGCAACUCAUCGACUGAUGGUUCAGUCAACCGUGGGAUCACCAGUCUGCUAGCCAAUGGUGUCUAUACGUCUGCUUAUCCUCUGCAUGACGGAGACAUCGAGGGGGCGAAUGCAGAACCUAACGACAGGAAGCUGCUGUACGAGCAGUGGGCCAGCUACAGCUUCUUCUACAAGUACCAGCCUAUUGGACUCAUCAGGAAGUAUUUUGGGGAGAAGGUUGGACUGUACUUUGCCUGGUUAGGAGUCUACACACAGAUGCUGAUCCCUGCAGCCAUAGUUGGAGUCAUUGUAUUCCUCUACGGCUGCGCCACUGUCGACGAUAACAUACCAAGUAUGGAGAUUUGUGAUCCCAGGCACAACAUCACCAUGUGUCCGCUGUGCGAUCGCGCCUGCAGCUACUGGAAGCUGGUGACAGCGUGUGGUACAGCCCGAGCCAGCCACCUGUUUGAUAACCCAGCCACUGUCUUUUUCUCCAUCUUCAUGGCCCUCUGGGCGGUUCUAUUCAUGGAGCACUGGAAGAGACGACAGAUGCGACUCAACUAUAUCUGGGACCUGACAGGCUUCGGAGAGGAGGAGCAGGAGGAGCAUAAGGACCACAACCGAGCCGAGUACGAGUUCCGGGUCAUGCGAAAGACAAUAAGAAAGGAGAAUCCAACCCUGAAGAGAGAGGAAAGUGAGAAGGUGAAAGUGAAGCUGACGUGUACAGACAGACUGCCAGCUUACCUGACUACUGUGGUGACGAUGGUCUUCAUGAUCGUGGUGACGUUUGCCAUAGUCUUCGGGGUCAUCCUGUACCGGAUUAGCAUUAAAGCAGCGCUGCACAUGAGCACCUACUCUGACCAGUCCAACAUCAGAGCCACUGUCAAAGGCACGGCCGCCGUCAUCAACCUCGUCGUCAUCAUCAUCUUAGAUGAAGUCUACGGCGCCAUCGCCCGCUGGCUCACCACACUGGAGGUUCCAAAGACGGACAAGAGCUUUGAAGACCGCCUCAUCUUCAAAACCUUUAUCUUGAAGUUUGUCAAUGCAUUCACACCCAUCGUCUACUUGGCCUUUUUCAGGGGCAGGCUCGUUGGGCGGCCCGGAAACUACUUGUAUGUUGUUGGAUCGUACCGAAUGGAAGAGUGUGCCCAUGCAGGCUGCCUCAUGGAGCUGUGCAUCCAGCUGUGCAUCACUAUGCUUGGCAAGCAGCUCAUUCAGAACAACCUGUUUGAGAUUGGCAUACCGAAGCUGAAGAAGCUGCUCCGGAGGAGGAAGUCUGACUUGGACUCCAAGCAAGAGGAGGAGCUGAACAGGUCUCUGCAUCGCCACGAGAAAGACCACAUCCUGGGUCCUUUCGUCGGCCUCAGCCCUGAGUACAUGGAGAUGAUCAUCCAGUUUGGGAUGGUGACUCUGUUCGUGGCGUCCUUCCCUCUGGCUCCGCUCUUCGCUCUGCUCAACAACAUCAUCGAGAUUCGCCUGGAUGCCAAGAAGUUUGUUAUGGAGCUGCGCAGGCCGAUUGCAGCCAAAGCCAAAGACAUCGGUAUCUGGUACAACCUGUUGAGAGGCCUCAGCAAGGUAGCAGUCAUCGUUAACGCCUUUGUCAUCUCCUUCACCUCCGACUUCAUCCCACGGCUGGUCUACCAGUACAUGUUCAGCGUUGACGGUACCAUGCACGGCUUCGUCAACCACACUCUGUCUUACUUCAACGUCAGUGAGUUCCAGCCAGGCACAGACCCUCUGCAGCCAUUGCACCUGGGCUACAGUGUAGAAAUAUGCAGAUAUAAGGACUACAGAGAGCCUCCCUGGUCCAGCACACCAUAUGAACUCUCCAAGGAGUUCUGGGUCGUUCUGGCCGCUCGCCUCGCCUUCGUUGUCGUCUUUCAGAACGUGGUGAUGCUUAUGAGUGACUUUGUGGACUGGCUGAUCCCAGACAUCCCCAAGGACAUCAGCCUCCAGAUCCACAAGGAGAAGAUCCUCAUGGUGGAGCUGUUCAUGAAGGAGGAGCAGGGCAAAAGGCUCGCAGCGCGGGACAACCACAACCAGGACAACUGCAACUCCCCCUCGUCAGCCAAUCAGAGCCCGCCGCGGCCCCGCUCACGGCCAGCCUCGCACGCCAACUGCUGUUAAACUGCUAGCUGCGAGAAAAAACUGUAUACAACAAAAAGCACCUGUAUACAAACUGUCCAUAAGGGAAUCAGCUGCAUAAAGCUAGCUGUUAAAGGUUAGAAAGGUUUUAAGGCAUGAUCAGUUUUUAAUAAUCAGCAAAAGUGCUUUUGCUGCGUUAAUGUUGUUUGGGAAUAUUUGAAGUCAAGAAUGACUUGACAGUUAAAACCAAAACUCUGACGCUUUCACAUCAGAAUUGUUGUUUACCUGUUUUAAAAAAUGUUCCCAUGUUAAGAUGAAGCAUUUUACAGCAGGCCAGCCAUUAACCAAAAAUCCAGCAAGCAACACCCAUAGGAUGUAUGAUCACAAAACAUUAUUUAUUGGAUGUACAGUACUGGAUUUGAAGGGAACAAGCCAUUAGCUUCACUUGACUCUGGGGAAAUUCCUUGUCAAUGACAUCAUCAUUCAGGACGCCAAACCCCACCUGCAACCUAAUUUGAAUCCUAUUUUCAAGCAUCCAGUUCAUACCUACCACGUCUCCCACGGGACCUGAAUGCAGCGUUUGUAUUGAAGACAGUGUCUGUCACAAGGGUCCUGCUGGGAAGACUUUCCUCCUGAUGUCUUACUGGUGAGAACCUCCCACCUGCUCAGAUAGGCCUUUCUUUUCUUUUCUUUUCUUUUCUUUUCUUUUCUUUUUUUGCACAAUUAUUUACAAAAGCAGGAAUUUAUCGAUGUACUUCUUUGAAUAUGCAACAUGGUCAAGCACAUGUGCUUUGUUUUUUGGAGAUGAACAGCAAGGUUUUGUCCAGCGGCCUGUUGAUUUGUACUAUUCUUUUGUAAGAGCACCAUUUUGCUCAUUUUUACAUUUGUUACUCACCGUGCUCAGUGGCAUUAUUCCUAAAAAUAAAUAAAUAAAUAAAGCACAAGUCACAUUAUUCAUUCCAAUGAACUGGAAUUCUUAAAACUGCCACUGACAAAAUUUACAGCAAAAAUAACCCCAAAGUGAUGUCAUGCUGUAGAUAGUUCCUGUACAUGUCCUGUUAAACCUUAUCAAACUCUGCUAUUAUAGUAUAGAGAGUAUAGAUAAACAUUUGCCAAAUUUGCUAUUACAUCAAAUCAUUCUAUUUUUUAAAGCUGUAUUAACCAAAUUAAUUUUAUUUGCCACUUGGGGGCAGCAGACCAAGCUGAAAAAAAACACUGACAUAUUGUCGCCUUAAAAACAAUUAUUUACACAUCCAACACAGAGUAACGUUAGGAUUCAUUGUGAGUGUUUGUGGCCACCCAGUCCAGUUUUUACUGUCAUUUUAGCUGAAGCAGCUAAUAUAUUUUUCUCAGGCUUUUUGAUGAACAUAGUUAUAAGCUAAACUGAUACCUUUAUCGGUCUGCUCUGUGGUGUUGAGCAGAUGCAGUGUGGAGUGGGUUUAUCAGAGAAAACCUGUACCUGCUGCCGGAAAACGAAGGCAGAUGCAAAGAAGUUUGUGGGCCGUAAAACCAAAACAAUGAGCUGCAAGAUGCUAAAUGGCUCUGCAGGGCUAAAGGGAGCUGUUGAUAAUUAUCUCUCUCUCUCUGUGGGUUUGGCACUACGAGCAAAGCCUUUUACACUACACUGUAAUAUCAUCUAUUUUUAGUGUAUUUUUUUUUUAAUGAUUAGCUGCUAUAAUUAACAUGACUCAAAAUGAAUGCUAAUGCUACUCUGUGUCUGGUGGACUUGUAAAUGCAACUGUUCGCUAACAAGUUCACCAUCUCAACUUAGAAAGGGAUGUCAUGUCAGUCUUGUGUUUUCAGCUUGCGUCUGCUGCCCCACCGCGGCCACAAAAUCCGUUCAUGCAAGGUUAAAUAUCUGCAAGGAAGCUCUUUGUUCACAGGAAGAGAGUCCAGCAUUCAAUCUUUUGCCUCACUUGUUCAUUUGGUGUCUUUUGGAUCAUGUACACUCCAGGGCAGAGUGCAGUUUACUGAUGUCACCUUACAGAGUUUCUCCAGACCAAAUUAAUAAUUCUUGACAGAAUUCCUCAUCUGUCAUUUUUGACCCACCAAUGGCAAAUGUUGACUUAUGCAGCUUUAAAGAGCCCAGAAGAUGACAAGUAAAUGUAUUUAUCUCACAGAUUAAAAACAUGAAUGCCAUUCACACCUUUGUCUAUCGUUAGAGAUGCUCAGCUGUGUUUAUUAAAUAAUUAACGACAAGUGUGCUGAUAGAUUUAAGGUUGUGCACUAAAAUUGGAAUUUGAAGUCACACGUAGUCGUACAAGGAAGUGCAUAUAUUACAGUGUGUGCCAUCAUGCUCAUAAAACAUCAGAAAACUGCAUCUUGGAACAAAUGCAAAAUCAAUAGCAAUGUGAGCUCUUUAUUUAAAAGGACAAUGCAUUUGUUUUUUUUACUAAAGUAGGAACUUUCAGCUUCUCGAUGACUCUGGAAUGCAGCACGUGUCUUGCUCAAGGGCACCCCAGUGUUGUUGAGCGAAGCAACAGCUUUACCGACUCCUACCCUGCCUUAUAUUCUCCCUAAACUAUCGCUGGCUCAUUUGAGAUUUCCAUUUAGCAGUUUUAAGGGGAUACAGUGUAUCAGUCGAACCAGAAAAGGAUACACUGUUUCUAUACUAUUAUCUUGCCUUAUAUUAACCUUAUACAUUCACUCUUUAACUAAUCAAGCACAAAUACUGAAUAAUAUUUUGUUUUCUAUUUAUCAAACUGCAAAAAACUUAUGUGGGAGUGACUGGAUACCACUUUGAAGAACGUAAAUGUACGGUGGACUGAAAUAAGGCUAACAAGUACAGUCUACACUCAUCCAUGUGUCAAGUCCUGCCCCCUGCUGUAAAUAUAUUGAACUAUCCCAAAUUUAAAGGGGCUGUAUUCGAUAUUCAGAACAUUAAUAUAGCUGCAAACAACUAUUUGUAAUGUAAAGUAAUGGCAGCCUGAGCAGAGAAUGAAGUCACACUCGGCGUGUGUUGUGAUCCGAGCUUCUCUGUUUUGAUUGCAGGUCAGGCUGCGCGUGCUGUUAGUUACUUGCAUAGACAUGAAAAGAAUAGACGUAGCAUCAGUGACGUCACCCGUUGGUUUGUGGACUGUGUUUUUGAAGCCUUGAAUUUGUCGAUAUGGGCAUCGCUGUCUUGUUUAUGGUUGCAAUGGCGAUGCGUGAAGCUAAACGCAAGUUGAGGAUUUCCAAUCUUUCUGAACCAAGUCAUCCAGCUGACCUGCUGGUAGUCUAUAUCGUCGACAUUUCCCUCCUGGGACAGUUCCGGUGCCGCCAGAAUUUCCACCGGAUUGGUUUAAAGAAAUGCCAAUAAACCAGAGCAUAUUUUUCUCCCAUCCUGGAAUGUUGUGCGGACUAGACCUUCCUCCUCAGCGCUGUGGAUGAAGGUCUGGCAAUGCGAGAAUAACCUGCUGGUAAACGCGGACCUCUGGGUACUGCAGCCAUUCAUCUGCAUGUACAGUAUUUUCCCAUAGACUUCUAUAGAAACAUAUUUUUUUGCAACCAGUGGAGUCUCCCCCUGCUGGAAAUGAGAUAGAAUGCGAGUUCAAGGCACUUUAACAUUGGCUUCACAUUUCAGACCCAGAAGCUCCGUCCAUUAUUUUAACAGUCUAUGACUCCUUGUUUGUCGAUAUCAGCCGUCGAGGGCCAUGGCAAAGCGUUGGUACUUAACGGGUGGUCCGUGAGAGCUGUGUGGAGGCAAUCCCAGACCACUUCAUUUUCUGAAUAUCCACUACCGCCCCUUUAAGCCCUCAACCCAGACUAAUAGAAUGUAUUAUAAAAUGUUUUCUUGUAGUUUAAAAUGUUAUAAAUCUCCUCUUUUUUUAUUUCAUAACAGUGCAAUUCUAAGUGCAUUUAAUGUAUUGAAAGGGAAUUAUCAGCCCACAGGGGACCACUGAUCUGUCAAUGAGAGACUUUCACACUAACAGUGAUAUACUUUAUUUUAGUGUCUUAUUUUAGAAUCCAUGAUUUAAAAUUCUAGAAACCAUCAAUAUGGACCUAUGUCGCUGUAUCUGAAAAGAUGCCUGGGAAAACCUCUUCCGAUACAGACUACAAAGACAUUUGAUCGCAACAGACGUUACUGUUUUUUGGGAUAUGACUUGGUCUUUUGAGCAAAGACUGCACAUUUUAUUUCUAGCUAAUCUUAAUAUUAUUACUACUCUGUAUGUAAGUAGGGUUAGUGUUGAUAUUCAGUGAUAGAUUAGGCCCUACAUGCUGCCACAGGGCUGUGUGGAGCCUGUGACAGCUAUAAUAUUUCCUUCCUCUGAAUCUCCUAUAACCUGAUGUCACAUGUUCCCCUCCUUCCUGAGAUGUCCUCCUGCCUGACUGUUGCCAUGUUGUAUUUACAGCAUCAAUAAGCACGUUGUGACAUGCUUAUAUCUAUUAUAAUGUAUGUCAAAGCACAUUUCACAACAUGCAGGAGUGCAAAUGCAUGUAUAACCUAUUUGUCUGUCUCUGAUAAUCUCUGAGUCUUUUUUUGUGUUUAAACUUAGUGUAAAUAAAUGAGAGAUGAACUGCU